AUGAGGACGGUGUUGAAAGAUGUGGAGUGGGCCGUGAGGUAUGCUAGCAAGCUCUCUACGAAGGAAAUCCCGGUGUAUCUUAUGGGGCAAUCGAUGGGAGGCGGAAUCGCACUCGACUUCAUCGUAAAUCAAUCGAUUGCUCGUAACUCUGGUUCCGUCGCACUCUCCUCUGGAGGAUCUAGUCCAGCCCGUGGACUCACUUAUCGAAGGUGGGUCGUAUGGAUGAUCGGUAUGAUCAACAAGGUCUUGCCAGAUAUGCACUUUGCGACCCCUGCUGUUGGCCACGAUCUGUCUGUCGGGAAGGCACUGGUAACGGAUCCGUGGGCCAGAGAGUGUGGCACGUAUCGAAGUAUCUAUGAUAUGUUCCCUAUGGACUAUAAACGCUGGCAGAAUGAUCUUCCUCUCUUGAUGCUUCACGGGACGGCAGGCGACCUGAACUUAUGCACCGCGAGCGAGGACUUCGUCAAGAAAGUCGACGCAUCGGACAAACGUCUCAUUCUGUAA